CCCCGCCCCCCCAUGGAGGCCAAUUGGACCGCGUUCCUCUUUCAGGCACACGAAGCUUCGCAUCACCAACAGCAAGCAGCACAGAACAGUCUGCUGCCGCUCUUGAGCUCUGCUGUGGAGCCCCCCGAUCAGAAGCCGAUUUUACCCUUGCCGAUAACUCAGAAACCUCAGCCUGCGCCAGAAACGCUAAAAGAUGCCAUUGUUGGAAUUAAAAAGGAGAAACCGAAAACCUCCUUUGUGUGCACGUACUGCAGCAAGGCCUUCAGAGACAGUUAUCACUUGAGGCGCCAUGAAUCCUGCCACACGGGAAUAAAGUUAGUGUCACGGCCAAAGAAAGCUCCUGCCACGAUGGUACCACUUAUCUCUACCAUUGCGGGUGACAACAGCCGGACAUCGCUGGUUUCAACCAUUGCAGGCAUCUUGUCAACAGUCACUACGUCUUCCUCCACUGCCAACCCAAGCAGUAGUGCUGGUGCAACGGCUAUGCCAGUGACACAGGCAGUGAAGAAACCCAGCAAGCCUGUAAAAAAGAAUCAUGCUUGUGAGAUGUGUGGCAAGGCCUUCCGUGAUGUAUACCAUCUCAACAGGCAUAAGCUCUCCCACUCGGAUGAGAAGCCUUUUGAGUGUCCAAUUUGCAAUCAGCGUUUCAAAAGGAAGGACCGCAUGACCUAUCACGUGAGGUCUCAUGAGGGUGGCAUCACCAAACCCUACACCUGUGGUGUGUGUGGAAAAGGCUUUUCGAGGCCUGAUCAUUUGAGCUGUCACGUCAAACAUGUUCAUUCCACAGAGAGGCCCUUCAAAUGCCAAACUUGCACGGCUGCCUUUGCCACCAAAGACAGACUGCGGACACACAUGGUGCGCCAUGAAGGAAAGGUGUCGUGUAAUAUCUGUGGUAAACUUCUGAGCGCAGCAUAUAUUACCAGCCAUUUAAAGACUCAUGGGCAGAGCCAAAGUAUCAAUUGUAAUACCUGUAAACAAGGCAUCAAUAAAAAGUUUGGCUUUUUCAAGCAAGAAAAUCUACACCUCCCUGCUUCGUGCAUGAAUGAAGAGAGCAACAACCAGAAGCAGCAGCAGCAACAGCAGCAGCAGCAGCAUGUUACAAACUGGCCUGGAAAACAGGUUGAGACCUUGAGAUUAUGGGAAGAAGCUGUCAAAGCAAGGAAGAAAGAAAGUCAACAGACUCUGAGGCCAACUUCAGUCAAGCAAGAAUGUCAGUACAACUUUGAGAAGGCUAUAGAGUACGUACCAUUCGAAGCUGCUAACUUAUGCCAAACGUCCACGGCUGCCACAACGCCUGUGACUCUUUCUACUCCUUUCAAUAUUACCUCCUCAGUGGCGUCUGGGACUAUCACCAACCCAGUCACAGUGGCUGCUGCAAUGAACAUGAGAAGCCCAGUCAAUGUAUCGAGCGCAGUUAACAUCUCCAGCCCGAUGAGCUUAGGCCACCCUGUAACAAUAACCAGUCCGUUGUCUAUGACCUCUCCAUUAACGCUUACCACACCUGUCAAUUUACCGACUCCAGUAACUGCUCCGGUGAACAUAGCACAUCCGGUCACUAUAACCUCGCCCAUGAACCUCCCGACGCCAAUGACGCUAGCUGGUCCAUUAAACAUAGCGAUGCGACCAGUGGAGAGCAUGCCUUUCCUCCCGCAGGCAUUGCCAACCUCUCCACCCUGGUAAAACAAGCAAACACACAAACCCUCACAGCAGUAUUAAAAAGAGGAAUGAAAAGCAAGUCCUUACCAGCAAUUUUAUUUUUGAGUUUUUGUUUUGUUUUUUAGUU